AUGUCUGUCAAUCUAGCUAAUAUAUACGCGGAACUACUGCGCAAGUAUGGCGAAAAUUACACCAUUACCUAUGGCGCGCCGCCAACGUAUUUAACGACCAUUUUAGGUCCCUGUGAGAUAGACAGCAAAAUUGUGUUAUUUUUUAAAGAAAAUCGUAGCGGUGCGACAGAAAAGACGCCCAUAAAGUUGACCUUGAAAUCAGAGUGCCCGAUUUCUGGUCCCGAUCUCGAUUUAACAGGCAGUCCAUUGAAAGAUGACUGCCUUGCUGAUGCCAUUGCCGAUAUAUCUUUGGAUCUGGGUCUUGUCAAUCGGAAUCCAUGGAAACCUGAGGAGGAAUAUCAGCGCGGCGUACCGGUCGAUAAGGCUCGCGCUAUCUUAUGCACCGAGGAGUUUCAAAGCAGCGAUGGUGUCGGUUCCGUAUGGUUCCUUUGUGACGCCAGCGACCAUAGCCGCACACAGUUGCUGCAAUUUGAAUUUAAUGUGACGCACUUUUCGCGUGGCAUCCUCAGUUACACUGGCGUGCUGCCCGCCUACAUGGUGACGUCCCAGGCACUUGUGCGUCAGCAUGUUCAGGCGAUGGCUGGUUCCUUUGAAACACACAUCGAAAACCUUUAUCAGGUUAACCCGAAUAUGUCGUUGCGCUGCUCCUGGUCAACGCAUGCACAACUUCCUUUGCUAACUGACCUGACUGCCUGCGAGGUAUCUCUUAAGCAAACGUUCCGUGUUGGUGAUUGUGGACCCCUUACGCAGGAUCUGAUGAAUCAGCUGAGAAUUUUGUUGUACAUACGCGAAGAUAUAAUCGCCUAUCACAACGAUGAUGAAGCGGGCAACAGGCGCGAUCCUGUGUAUCGUUGUGGACGUGGAAUUGACAUGGACGAGCUGCGCGAUUCGAUCAAUAAGACUUUGACGGAAGUUUCCGGUUAUGCAGAUACAUACAGCAGCGGCGAUAUCGAGUGCGAUAUUGAGGAGGCCUUGCACCGUGCUAAGGUGCGCCGCCUUACAGAUUUGACGGAUAAACUUUGGGAGCUACUUAAAUGCUGUUCCUCCUACAAAGAUUUAAAAAUGGCCUUCAAUAUGUUAUUUAACUGUGCUGCUCGUUGCAAUAUAGUGAAUACACCCACGAACAAGAAUCGCCUGGCGGAAAUCAUAACUGAGCUAGCAAAUCGUCGCCUUGCUAUUCCCUGCUUAAGCGGCUCUGAGCCCAUGGAGCUGUUGCUUGAAAUUGGCUUGGAGAAGAUGUACAAGGACUACGAGUUUAUCUACACGGAAAGUAAAGUUUGCAGUGCUAAUUUAUUAAGAAAUGGCGGUGAUUCACUAUAUAGCACAAAUAGCGGUGCUAGCGAGGCAAACGAUGCUGAUUUGGUAGGCCAGUCUAAGCUGCGUAAAUCUUUGCACAAUGCCGCGCGUGGCGAGCCUACAAGCGGUAGUAAUGUCGGCAGCAUCCGUAAAACGCUGCUCUAUCACACAAAUAAUCCAAAAAGCGCCGGUGGCAAGCAACAAAACGUUGAAAUAGCUGGCUUCAGGAACAGUUACUUUGAUGAAUCCGAAACAGCGGUCAAGAUUGGCAAACUCUUUCAAAUACACUGCACUCUGGAGCAUUUACUUAUGAUACAUCUUACUUUGAAUCUAAGCAAUGUAUUUAACGAUGUUUGUGCACAGCUCCUCAAGAAACCAGCGCCACUGAUUGAAAGCAUCGAUGAUAAGCUUUGUGACGAGAUGGAAAUACACUUGUCGUCCCACUAUGUACGCGAGCGUUUGGAUGGCAAGGAUCCCCACUCGCGUCGUAUUACCAUGAAGUCGAGCAAUAAAUUUCGUCAGCUUCAAAGUACCUUUUACUUUAAUCUGGAGAACAUAUGUCCGCCCGAUCUAGCGGAUUGGUUUCAGGGCGACGAUAAGGAGCUGGUUAAAGAGCGGACAUAUCAUUCCUGGCUAUAUCGCAAAAUUGCAUCGCUUAAGUGAUAUUUAAACCCCUUAAAUAUUAGUUGAUAUUACAUUUAUACAAAUUGUGAAUAACAUUUGAUUUUAUAUCACCACCUUA